AUGAAAUUGGCUCGUUUCACUGCUUGUGGUCCUCCUCCUCCUCCGCGACGUGUCACCAUACGGCAAUGCCGGGAGGAAACCACAGCAGCGAUCCAAAUAGACCUCACGUCCGAGGAGGCUCAGGAGGAGCCCAGCAGCACCGAGGUAGUGGAGCUCGAUGCAGACUCCACAGCCAGCGACAACAAAUCGAUGAGCACCACGGAGGAGGCUGAGAAUUUGCCGCCGUCAGCAGCCGACUCAGCAGCUGCGGCACCAGCCGCGGCAGUAUGCCCUGCAGCGACCGCCAGCAUUGACCAAGAAGUGACGCAGCGCCUGCAACCAUCGGCGGCCGGCUCUGGCGCGGCAGACGCUGCCAGUGUACUGCGACCGCCGGACUUUUUCCGGUUCCAGCAGGCAGCCGGCCCACCAGACAGCGUCGGUGUGAGCCAAGCGGCCCUCCACGACGGGCUGCCGGCAGAGCACAGCGGCAGAUGCGCGCUCCCCGGCGACAAUUUGAUGGGUGUGCCCUGCGCAUCGGGAGGCACCGCCAGCGCAGCCAAGCCCCACUCAUCUACCCAGUUUCCGCAGCUCAGCAGCGGCCUCGUGGCACACUCGGCUCCGGCGGAAAAUGCGGCGGGGCCGGUGCCGGCAGCUGCCACGCGGCUGCCGUCCGACCGGUGGCGGCUCUCGCCGACCGCGGCUGAGCCCACGACAGGCAGCGCGUUCCCCCUCGCACAGGCCAGACAGGAUUCGAUGAGCACUGCAGAGCCGGCGGCUGACGCGCAUUCGUCCCCGGGCCAAGCGGGGGCAGGCAGCGGCAGGCAGGAAGCAGCAGGCAGGAAGCGGCAGAUCUCGCCUCUGGUAACGGCCAUGGCGUUUUUGUGGCAGUCAAAGAUUACAAACGGGGAGGCAGAUCUGGCUCAGCUGCAUGGCGACGCUGCACUGGGGCCAUCCGAUCAGCAGCACACAGCUGCGGAGCAGCCGGCGCCGAGGGAGGGUGGUUCACCCACAGCCUCCAUGGCGGAGCAGCCGAAUUUGAGCACGCCAUCUGGCCUGCGAGGAGGCCUGCCGGAUCGGCGUCCCGGCCUGCAGCGGGGGUGUUCCUCCCUGCGCACCGGUGGUGGCAGCCCUUGCGAGUCGUCUCUGAAUAGAGGACCGGAGUCUACAGUCAAAACGGAGGAUGGUGCGCCAGAGGUGUCCACCAGACAGCCUGUUGUAGAGCCAGCUCCUUCUGUUACCUCUCCGCGGGUCUCUCCUGUCAAGGCCCUGGGGAAUGGAGUGGCUGCUCGGAGCCUCGGGGAUGCCGCGGCGGAUGCCGGCACGGCAGAUUCAAGCGCGGCCAGGCUGGGCUCAAAGGGAACGCCUCCUGGACUGGCUUCUGCUGGGCAGCCCGGCAGGCAGCUGCCCAACGGAUCUCUGGGCAGCGAAGCAGCUGCGCAGCCGGCCGCCUCGCCCAGCAAUGCUUCUGCGCCUGCUGCAACGGAAGCAGUCCCGGCGUCGGGCGAGGAGACCCCGGCCAAGAGACGGCGCUCGACCGGCGGCGGCGUUGGCGCGUCGCGCGGCGGCCGCCUUGGCAGCCUCGGCGGCCGCGGCAGCCCACGGGCCGGCAAGCCGUCGCCGGCGGAGUCCAGUGGGCAGAAGAGAGCAGCGCCGGCCGCGCCAGCAGACCCGGCAUUGUCAACAAUUGGCAGCGGCGGCGGCGGCGGAAAAUCGGACGACAGGAAGCAGCCGGCCAGCAAGCGGCAGAAGUCCCUGCCGUCAGGGGUGGAUAACGCGCAUGUGGCUGAGCCUGCCUCGGGCAGACGGAAGACUUCCUUGCCCAAACCGCUUCUUGCGGGAGAUGACCUUGGGUCGGACGACGAGUUGGUGGAGCAGAUAUACUCCAAGGAGGUGUGGCGCAUGAUGCACGCUGCCAGGAACACAGCGCAGCCGCCAUCUGACAAUAGCAUCCAGAUUCUCCCCAUGUCUCUAGACAAUUUCACUGAUGAAGAGGCGCGCACCAAAGCUGUGGAGGAUAUCCGGCAGUACAUGGCGCUUGACAGAGACAAUCGGCGGCAGCACAUGAAUGAUCGGCUGGAAGUGUUUGUGAUCACAGACCCCGACCACCCUGCCAAGAAGCUGCAGGCAGAGACUCUCGGGUGGAUGGACAUUCGCAGUGAGGAGAGGGGCGUCAGGGCCAAGAGGGCUCUGCAAAAGAAUGAGCUACUGGGGGAAUACUGCGGGGUGGUGAAGACGGGGAAGGCUGUGGAGGUUGAGUCAUUGGAGUGCCCCAUCGGCUUUGGAGGCCUCAAGGCUGACAAGCUCAAGGACUUCUCCCACUCCCAUGACAAGCACGUAACCGGGUUCUGGUCGGACGGCAAGGAAAUUGUCAUGGACCCCGCGCGGGGAGGCAACCUGCUGCGCUUCAUCAAUGACUACGUAGGCAUGCCGGGGGCCGUUCCCUGCUCCUGCAUGAUGGUGGAAGUUAUGGAUCGUGCCACUCUGCGGCCCCACAUCUUCUUCUUUGCCGCUGCGGACGUCCCUGCGGGCGAGGAGAUGCUGCUUGACUAUGGGGAUCCCUUCAGGCGCUUCAUGGAGAGCGAGGCGAAGAGGGCCAGGUCUCUGGUGGCUCUCAGGAAACAAGUGAAGGAGCUCGAGGCUGGCUCAUCCGACAAGGAUGCCCUGAUCGCCAAGCUGCUGAAGGAGAAAGUGGACCACGAUAUUGCAGCUAACUCAGCAAAGAAAGCCAUGGCGGCUGCCGAGGAGGCGGCUCAGGGGCUGCGGCAUCAGUUGGAGGUUGCUCAGGCCGCCGCCAAAGACAGGGAGGACCGCGUUGGCACCCAGGCGCUGCGAAUUGAGGAGCUGGAGGGCAACGACGCAUGGCAGCUGAAGAAGCAGCUGGACGAAGUCUCGCGCAAGUGCAGCCACCUUGAACUCAAGGUGAAACGCCUGACCCGUGAUUGCGAGGCGGCAGACAACGCCAACCGCAGCCUGCAGACCCAGCUGAGCGAGGCGAGACGGGAAGUGGACUCGCUAAAGAAGGAAGUGGAGCGAAGCAGGGCAGAAGGGAAAACGCUGCAAGAGAGAGUGGCCAAGUACAAGGGGAAGACCAUAGCAGCGGAGAAGGCUCUGGAGGCCGUCAAGGCACAGCUGAAGGACACGCAGCUGAAGUCCAAGGCGGAGAUUGAGCGCCUGUCCGCCGUGGGCAAAUCCUUCGAGCUUCAGGCUGAGGAUCUGGCGCACCGCAACGCCUUGCUCGAGACGCACUGCCGCGAUCUGGAGGCCGGCAGCGUUGGCGGCGGUAGCGCCGUGCUGGCAGCGCAGCACCACCGCGCAGCCGUGCAGGGCCGCAACCUGCGCGAACAGCACGCGCGCCUGCACCUGCAAUUGCCGCUGCCGCAGGCGGCGGCCGCGGCAGCGGCCGUGCCGGUGCCGAUUCCGGCGCCGCAGCCGCGGCCGGAAGCGCCAAACAGCAACGGCCCGCCGGUCGGUUUCGGCCCGCCGCCGCGCCUGUCCCGGGAUCCGCGGCUGGCGCAGGCAGCGGCUGCCGCCGCCGCCACCGCUGUAGCCGUCCCGCACGAGGACCGCGAUCCUCUAAUGACAAUGAUGCGUGAAUCCGCGGCCCCGCCGCCCGCCGCGCCGGCUGCCGCACUAGUCGCCGAGAGCGACGAAGCCGCGCAGAAGAGGGCCGAAGAUGCCGCCGAAUUGGAGAAGCUCAUCGGGCAAUCGCCCUCCCCGCUGCCGCGGCUGCAGUCGCAGAACAGCGCGCCGGUGGCGGCCGCGCACGUCAGCACGGCACGGGCCGCCGUGCCGGCAGCUGCCUCCACGCAGCCGUCGUCCGAGCGGAAACCAGGACGACAGGAACCUGCCGCCAAACUAGAGCGGCUUCUUUCUGCGCCCAGCGUGACACAGCCGCAUCGCUCUGGGAGGGACCCUUGUCAAGCAUCAGGACAAGAGCCCAGUAUAUUCAGAUUGAUGGGAGAGGACAUCCUGCGGUCUGCUUCCAAUGGCGGCAUGGAUGACUUCAUUCCCCUCGAUGACUCUCUGCCGCCAGAGCUGUCACCCGAAGGUGCUCCUGUGCCUGCGGCUGUCACGCAGUCAGAGAGGACACCAGGCGACGGAAGGACUGGCACUUCUGAGAGUCAUCUAAGGCUGCCUCUUGCCGAGGCCGCUCUCCAAAGAAUGCCAGCAGAUGGAGCUGCACCCUCACUGCCAAUGAACUUGGUGCAGGACAUGCGGGACAUAAAGGCCAUGCUCUCGAGGAUGAUGCCUGGCAUCCCUAGUUCAGCCGCUAAGGGUGCGUCACAGCAGGUAAGGGAAGAGCCGAGCGCCUCCAAGGCCGUGCCAGAGCAGCCCAAAGAGGGAAGGCCUCGGCCCCAGGAGUCAGCUGCCGCCAGCGAUGGGCCGCGGCAGCCGCCGUCAUCGGAGCGCGAGACGUUGUCCGUGGAAGCCGCCGAGAAGCUGCCGCCCGCCAACCCGGCAGCUGCCGAGCCGGCUUCCACCGGAGCGGGGACUGAACGGCGGGCUGCAGAGGCAGACAGAGCGCUUUUUCGACGCACAGGGAUGGCUCCCUCGCCGGCGGAGUCCGGCGCUGGGGGCCCGAGCUGCCUCGAAGGCAGCUCGGCACCGCCACGUGAUUACAGCCGCGGGGUCCGGGAGAGGGAGGCCGGCCACCGCAAGCAGUGGGACGACCGCAGCGCAGAGCCGAAUCGGCUCGGGCCAGACCGUGACAAUCGGCGCCGGCCGGUGCCCAUGCCCCGCGGCGGCAGCCGCCGCCGCUCCCCCGGCCGGGCGGAGGCCGAGGCCGAGCUGCGCCGGGGGAUGCGCCGCAGCCGCGGCCGGAGCCGCGACCGCAGCCGCAGCCGCAGCGAAGGGCAUCGACGGCUGCUGCGGGCUUCGCCGCCACGCCGUGGCAAUACUCGGCACAGGUCGCCAAUGGGGCCUGGAAGUACCAGAGUGCAGAGGUCCAAAAAUGAUCCAUGCAACCACUGCAAGAAAGUGGGUCAUUGGUCAUCGGAUUGCUGGUACAAUCCGGCCAAGGUUUUCAGCCCUCCCAGGAGGAGGACCUCGCCGCGCCCCAACUGCCGGACGCCAUCGCCGCCCAGGCACUCCAGCCGUCCGGCAAGGGGCGCGAUGCAAUCGCCCGCCGGGCAGGCUCCGAACUCAGCUGCUCAGCCGGGCGCCGCCGCCGCCCGAUCCCCCUCCGGCCGGGGCCCUGCUCUGCUCAUGGACCUGGAUGAGGGCUGGAGCUGUGAUGCUUCUUCUCUGCCGGCUGCGCCGCCGCUGCCGCCGCCGCCGGAUCGGAGGCUAUGA